AUGGCCGAAGGAGAACCUGUUCCGAAUGAUGCUCUUGUCCAAAUGAUGACCGCAAUGAGAGAGGAGCUGAGGAACAUGACUCAACAAAUGGGAAAUAUUCGUCAAGAACUCGGAGCAAGAAUAGAUCGAGUUGAGGCACAACCAAGGAGAGCCCCAGUUCGAGGAGUACAAGUACUAGCCGGUGACGCGAGUGAUGAUGAAGAGAUGCCCGAGCUAGAAGAUGAAAUUCCACCUGACCCUCUUCAGCAUCGACAGCAGAGGAGGCCGGAUCCUCUAAGAAGAAAUCCAGCUAGGGUAGUAGAUACCCGAGAGCAAACCCAUGAUCUCAAGCUAACGCCUCCUACCUUUGCAGGAAAAUCGGACCCCGAGGCAUACUUGGAUUGGGAGAGACGACUAGAGCACAUAUUUGAGUGCUAUGGCUACGCUGAGCGCAAGAAAGUGGCUGUUGCAGCUGCACAACUCACUGAUAAUGCUUUAGCGUGGUGGGACAGAAACGUGGCCGAGAGAAGGAGGCAACGUUUUGGACCAGUCAUCACUUGGAGCGACAUGAAAUUCCUCCUACGACUUAGGUACGUACCUGAACACUAUCAUAGAGAGUUACAAAAGCGUUUUCGCAAAUUGUCUCAGGGAAACAGAAGUGUAGAUGAGUACUUUGAGGAGUUUGAGAAGCUGAUGAACUCGUUGGAGUUGGAAGAAUCAGAGGAAGCCUUGAUGGCGCAGUUCAUUGACGUGGAGCAGCAAAUCAAGCGCAAGACCGCUCUUACCAGCCGCAACCGCACGAGCCAGCCGUGGAACGCCAGCAGUUCUAAACCGGUAGACGAAGGCAAGGCCGUGGAGAUUGAAUUAAGAUUCAAAGGCAAAAGCACAGAGGCUCCCAAAUUCAACCGAGCCGAACAAGGCAGGGGACACAUGUCAAGGGAGUGUCCUAAUCAGCGAGUCAUGAUCAUCACACCAAGUGGGGACUACGAGUCUCAAGAUGAGAAAGAAGACGACUCUAAUGACAUGGACGAGGAGAUAGAGUAUCCUGAUACCGGUAAACUAUUAGUAACUCGCCGAGUGCUAAGCGUUCUAGUUCAUCCUGAGGAAACAGUCCAAAGAGAGAACAUAUUUCAUACUAGAUGCACCGUCAAAAACAAGGUAUGCAACCUUAUUAUAGAUAGUGGUUCUUGUACUAACGUGGCUAGCAAGUACAUGGUGGACAGAUUAGGUCUUGAGAAGACAAAGCAUCCUCGCCCUUAUAAUUUAAGGUGGUUAAACGACCAGACCGAGCUCAAGAUCUCCGAGCAAGUGUCCAUACCGUUUAGUAUCGGCAAUACCAUGAUCAAGUCACUUGUGAUGUGUGCCAAUGGCACCGUGCUACUAAUGAUGUUUAAAGAGUGUCUAAGCGCAGGUCUAGGUGACUUUGAGAUACCACUUGAAGUACAAGCUAUUCUGAACAAGUUUAAGGAUGUAUUCCCCGAAGAGAUACCACCAGGGUUGCCACCACUUCGUGGAAUAGAGCACCAAAUUGACUUAGUUCCCGGUUCAGCCUUGCCCAACAAGCCAGCUUAUAGGAUGAACCGCGAAGAGACUAAGGAGCUAGAAAGACAAGUACGAGACCUAAUGGACAAGGGUUAUAUCCGUGAGAGUCUCAGUCCUUGUGCUAUGCCGGUUCUCUUAGUACCCAAGAAAGAUGGUACAUGGAGAAUGUGUGUGGACUGCCGUGCCAUCAACAACAUCACCAUCAAGUAUAGGCACCCCAUUCCACGCCUAGAUGACAUGUUGGACGAGUUAAGCGGAUCCACAAUCUUCUCAAAGGUGGACUUAAAGAGUGGAUACCACCAGGUACGAAUGCGUGAAGGAGACGAGUGUAAAACCGCAUUUAAGACCAAACAAGGCUUGUAUGAGUGCACGGUGGCCGCCCCACUCACAGCGGUGAUCAAGAAGAACGUGCCAUUCUCAUGGGGGCCAGCCCAAGAUGCAGCUUUUGAAGCCAUGAAGAGCCGAUUAACACAAGCACCUGUCUUAGCCCUACCAGACUUUGACGAGAUGUUUGAGGUGGAGUGUGAUGCUUCAGGGGUGGGAAUUGGAGCUCAUUACUUGUUGUCCAAGGAAUUCAUCAUUCAUACUGAUCACGAGACUUUAAAGCACUUAAGAGGACAAAACGCACUUAAGAGAUGCCAUGCUAAAUGGUUGGAGUUCAUAGAGACUUUUCCUUAUGUGAUCAAGUACAAGAAGGGACAAGAAAAUGUGGUGGCCGAUGCACUCUCAAGAAGGCAUACAUUGAUAUCUACUAUGGAGGCCAAGGUACUCGGCUUUGAGCAUAUCAAGAAGUUAUACAAAGAAGAUCACGAGUUCGGAGAAGCUUAUCAAGGCCAUGGCAAGGGAGCAUAUACCUCAUAUCACCUACACGAUGGGUUUCUUUUCCGAGACAAGAGACUAUGUGUUCCACAAGGGUCUUUGAGGGAGCUAUUGCUGAAGGAAGCACACGGUGGGGUCUCAUGGGUCACUUUGGAGUGGACAAGACACUAG